GCGCUUACAUUACACAUUGUAUAACGCACAUGACUUUGACCUUCGCUUGCGAAUUUCAGACACUUCGGAAGGGUUAAGGUGGUUCCCUCUUCUGGCCGGUUUGGCAUUCUCUUCUUUCACUUCGCGUUCUUCUCUCAAAGUCGUUGCGUGUUGUGUUGUCCGUUUCCUGUUCUUGAUCAAUUUUGCGAGCUUAGGUUGUUCUAUUGCUACAAUUGUCAAUGUGAAUUUGGAAAAUUGCUAUUUUUUGUUGCUUACCUUUAUUCUUUCUGUUAAAUUGGUUACUUUGCUAUUACUCUGGUAUAUGUCUUUAUCUAAAUUAUUCUUUGAUUGACCGGAUGAAUUAUGCCAUUGAAUAACGGAGAGUAGAAAAACGAGUAAUAGGAAUUCGUUUAUCUGGUUCUGUCUUCUCAGUCUGUGUUUCUGUCUUCACCAUUUGGUAACCUCUCAGAUUAUAUCAUUUGGCAUGGUUGACUUUUGAUACUGAAAUUAAUGCAUCCAAACCAGGGCUUGCCCUUCGGUUUUGAGCUCCCAAAUUGAAUUAUGAAUUUUCAGAUAUCAAGGUGUCAAAACGUCUCUCUUUAACUGGACGGUUCUGAUUAUAGUGUGGCAAUUUGGGGAAGCAGUAUGCCAGCGGCUCGGUAUUUUCCUCUAAUAGACACGUUAGAGCAAAAAUUACGGAUUGAAGCCAGGCUUGAAAGUGUGAAAGCAUGCAAUUACUUUGAUCUUAUCACAAGAUUUCUGAGUCUUAAAAUUAGUAAACAUGAAUUUGACAGGCUUUGCAUAGCAACUGUUGGGAGAGACAAUGUCCAUCUUCAUAACCAUUUCAUCAGGUCAAUCUUAAAAAAAGCUUGCCUCUCUAUGAUACCCUCGCCAAGAAAAGGCAAACUAGAAGGUUCUUUUUGUGUGAAAACACCAAAUGGUUAUCAUAAGAGCAAUUUUCAGUUGCUCUGCAAAGAUUUUCCUCAAUCUCCUCGUAGAGGUAGGACUCCAAAUUUACGUGACCGCAGAUUCCGCAUUGCAUAUGAGGAUUCAGUCCCAAAAAGUCAUGAACAGAAAAACACUACAGACCAACAUUCUCUAGUUAGCAGGCCACCUCUCUCUGUGGAAGAUGGGGAGGAGGUUGAUCAGGAUUUUGGAAGCCCAAGCAUUUAUAGUAGGAGUCCUGUUAAAGCACCUCUUGGAAUUCCCAUCACUACUAAAAGAGAAAAAAAUUGUUUAUGUAAAGGAUCAGCAUCUAUUAAUUUCACUAAUACCUGUCAAAGCAUUGGUCAACUACCUGAUACAUGUUCUCUGAUGACAAGGUUGGAGCAGAAGUGUGAAAUAGGAGGAUUUAAAGUCUCAGCGGAUUCCGCCAACUUAUUAAAUAAUGCACUUGAUGUUUACCUAAAAGAAUUGAUAAAAUCAUGUUUGGAUUUGGUUGUUUCAAAAUCUGUAGGCAAAUUUAGUGGUCCAAUUCAUCCUGGUCUGAAGGGAUUGCUCAUGAGUAGGUAUAUGCCAAACCCAGUUGGAUCUGUUUCUGCAUCUAUUUCAGACUUUCGAGCAGCAGUAGAGUUGAAUCCUAUUAUACUAGGGGAAGAUUGGCCAAUCCAUUUGGAGAAGAUUUGCCUACAUGCAUUAGAAGAAUGAGCUAAAACAGGUUGCAAUUGGACUGACCAAAGCUAUAAAUUGGGUUUUCCUAACGAUUCGAUUUAUCAGAAUAGAUUAAGUCUACACUGAUUUUGAUAUUGCACUUAUAAGCAUUAUUGACAUACAUGUAAUCGCAAAAUAUGGGAUGUUUUUGUGAAUGACCAAUUCUCUUACAAAUUUAAGCAGUAUAUGGGCACAAAAUUGGUUUUUAUAUCUUUAACGUGCUUGGACUUGAAGCAUCAACAGUAUAUAGGUUUAAACUCUUUCUACUCAAUCAAGAUGAUGGAUCAUAAUUGGCUUUAUUACAUUUCUAAUUCGUCACUUCGCACUAGGGCUUCAAGGGUGGAAACUGCUACACAUUUGAAUUUGGUGACCAUAUCUUGUAUAGGUUUCAAGGAUGACUAUUUUAGUUUGGGAAUUUUUUACCUGUUAAAUCAUAAAAAUAUUAGCACAUAAAAAGAUUCACUUUGCUGAAUUGCUGGGGAACUCCAUGGUUGGUAUCUUUAGAUAUUUUUUCACUUUAUUUAUCCUUUUUAAUAGAGCUUAUUAUCUUCAAUCAUCCAGGGUUAGGUUCCUUUGUCUUCUGGGUAUCACCAGUGAGAGGAAAAUCAGAGUAGUUUUUUUUUUCUG